ACCAGGAAGCAGCACAAUAUCUGCUUUUGUGACUUUUGUCCAAACCAAACCCUAAUUUCUUUGUUCAAAGUUUCCAUUUCUUAUUACCUCGAAAAUUUCCCGGGUAAUAAACAAAAUCAAGUCUUCCUUUUUUGGUAUUAUUCUUACAAUUCGGUAAAUCUACUGGAUUCUGGUGUCCUCUCACAUGCCUUCUGAUCCAUUGUUCGACUUCGAAAUCGCUCCGAGUUUCGCAUCCAUUUGAAGAGUUCUUGUGAUCCGGUUUCGAAAAAUGGGUUCGGGAAAUCAUAAUGAUGUUGUUGUUGUCGAUAUCAGCUCAGACGAGGAGGAGGAGGAGAUCAAUACAGGAGUAGUAGACAAAGAGUACUUCAAAUGGCUAAACAAUGUUAUCGACUCCGUCGAUGAUAAAUCGGACAGUACCGAUUUAGUCGAGGUUCUUUCUGAGGUGAAAGGUUGCGUUGAUUCUCAGUAUCGGAAGCCAAAGGAGGAUGAUGAUGAUGACGACGAUUGUGUGAUUUUGGAUGGUGAUCCCGACAAGACGACGAAGACUGCUUUAGUGGACGGAGAUGGUGAUGAUAAAUUAGCCAAGAAUAAUGAUGAUGAUGACGAUGAUGUGCUUGUAGUUGGUCAAAAGGGUGAGAUAGCAUGUAGAGAUUUCCCUCAUCCUCGACAUUCGUGUGCUAAGUAUGCGUUCAACUCAACCUCACAUGAGAAGUACUGCGACAUGUGUCACUGUUAUGUGUGUGACAUCCGUGCUCCAUGUCCGUACUGGUCUAUUGGUGUCUCCACCAUAAAUCAUUGUCAUGCUAAUGAUAACGAGAAGAUAUGGCAGACUCAGCGCGAAUUCUUCAGGACGGGAUACAUGCCUACCCCACCAUCUUCUAAACCUACUCCAAGUAUCUUACGGUUAUCACAAAACACUUUGCUUCAGAACCAGGUUGGUAUCAGGCCUUGUUCAUCAUCUACCCGUGUUGCUAAUCCCUCAAAUGUCAAAGCCAGGCUUAGAAUCAGGCAACCGAUUCCACACAAUCAAGGGUUGCAGAGUCGACCAGCGCAGUCAUUGAGCAGUGUUUGCAACAACGUGAUCCAAAAGGAUAGAAGUUCUUAUAGGCAACGAUCCCGAGUUGCCUCUUCUGCGGGAAGUGGUAACAGCAUCCGGUAUAACGAUGCUUCACGAUCAAGCCACCACAGCUCUUCCGUAGUGGCACCACCGCCAAUAAGCCCGGAUAUGUACACUCAACAACGCAAUUAUCAGCCGAGUGUUAGUGAUCAUUGCACAGCUCUACCUGGUUCUCAGAGCAAUAGGUACACUAGACAUUCAGACCAGAACAUACAUGGUAGUGGAAAUCGUCAGUUUGUGGAUCUGUUUGUUCCAUCUGAGGCUCCUCUUACUACUGCAGAUUCACAGACAGCGACGGCACAGCAGCAACCAGGGACUAAUGAAAACGUCUUGGAGACCAAACUAUCGGAAUUUGAGAACUGGCUAAUGGACAACCCUAACCAAUCCGGGCCGGUUAGUCCUUUGCCCGAACCGGUAAGUCAAGACUCUGUUGGUACGUUUUCAUUUGAUUUCGAAACCUUCUUGAAUGAUUGAAGCAUAACUGUUAGUUUGUAUCUUAUCAUUGUCCUUAGGCUAACUUUCUUCACUGAUUAGUAGAGUGAGUAGAUACAUUACCUAUGUGUGUAUCAUAUUAUUAAUUAGCUGCUACUAGUACGUCAGAUAAUUGAAGUUGAAAAAGUUCAUUUUUGUCAAUUGACAUAAAUAUUGUUUUGUUGGCGGAAAAA